AUUCCGCUUCCCAGCACUCUGCUUCACUCCACUCCUCUCCCACUCCCUCCCACCGACCCCUACCAGCACCCUCCGCCGCGUCGGCAGCCUGCUGUUCCCUCUCCCGCGGCGGCUUCGCCGGCGCGGGCUGCGAGUGCUCAGCGUCCGCAUCGCGCGAGGAUUCCAUGUUCCAAAUGAUUUGUUUUAAGCUGGGUGCAGCACCUAUUAUCAUGAGGAAUUGAUCAAUUGACUUGACCUAAGCACCAGAAUGUCUGAAGCAAAGUCAGUUAUUGGUCAAGCUCGUGGAGAUGGGUCUCCAGUUCAAAGAAUCAUCUCAGAAAUGAAGAAAUCUACCAAUCCUGUGCAGGAAAAAGUUGCAGCCGAUGACAAUUCUUCAAGAAGAAAAUCAAAUGCAACUUCAUUGAAAAUGUUAUUAGCAAAAGAGAUGGCUAAAGAAGUGGGGUCAAAGAGGAGACCUCCGAGUGUCAUUGCCAGACUAAUGGGUCUUGAGGAGGAUUUACCCACUGAAGAACCAAUUGUACACCGUGCCAAAAGCGACUCUAGGGAAAGAGACUUAAAAGCAACAAACAAGGCCUUAGAGCGGCAAGAGCCGCACCAGUCCAUAAGGUUGAUGUCACAAGAUAUCCACCAAUUCCGUGAUGAAACAAUUGAAUAUAAUGAUGUUCGUGAAGUGUGUGAAGAACAAUCAGGAACAAGCAAUUUUCAAGAUCGAACAUCAAACAAAGGAUGGUCUUCUGAGAACAAGAGUGAGCAAUUAGAUUUUGUGCAAGAAAAGUUCAUGGAACCAGAACUAUUCUCCAUGGAAGAGAAGCUCCUUCAUACAAAGGAGUCACAAGCUCUUGAAGUUCCAAGUUCCAAUAAAGAUUUAUUUCUUGAAUUGCCUGAAGAACCUAACUCCACUUUCUCAAGACAGCUGAGCGGGCUUCAUACAAACCAAGCACCACCUCAGACAAAACGCAUUACAGUGCUGAAACCAAUUAGAUCCUCUGGGAUUAAUGGCGUAACACAAUCUGGAAUGGAACAAGUUGCUAAGCAAAGUGGAUUGAAGAUGAGAAAGUUUCGUCAGGUUCCUAGUUCAAAGGAAGAAAUACCCUCCCAGCCAAGUAGAAUAGUACUUUUGAGGCCUACCCCUGGGAGGCCUCGUAUAUCAAAGGCAAAGCUGACCCCCAGAGCAACUUCAUUUCAGUUAAUUAACCGGAAUAGUCCCGGUGGAUCACUAGAUGAUAACGGGUUGACCUUAGGAUCUGCAGGACUAGUGCAUGGUAUCAUGCAGCACUUGCAAGAUGGCUGGCAUCAAAGAGAUGAUUCUCUAUUAUCUUCUGCAUACUCAAAUGGAUAUGGGGGAGAUGAAAGCUCAUUCACCAAUUCAGAGGUCGAUCAUAGCAGUGGUUCUGAAAUUGACUAUAAUGAAGAAGAUGGUGGUACCUUCAGUGACUCCGAGGGAGGUAGUCCCCUGUCGAAACAUACAUGGAAUUACAUCAGAAGAUAUGGAAGUCCAUACUCAGGCUCAUCUUUGAGAAAGAUGUCCCACUUUCCUGAGUCAUCAGUUAUUAGGGAAGCCAAGAAGCAGCUUUCAGAGAGAUGGGCAAUGGUGUCCUGUGAUGAGACCAGUCAUGAAAAAGUGCAAUCAUCAAGGAGAACAUGCACCUUAGGUGAGAUGCUCUCCAUUGAAGAAGCGAAGAAAGAAGUUUUCGCCACUGGGAUACUUUCUGUUUCUAGCAACCGGUCAUGUGGCAUGGAAAAUAAACCGACUACACGAUCUACAUAUGUAACUACUUCCAGAAAGAAUGAUGAAAAUGGGGAGAGAUCUCCUAUGAAGUUGCCUAGAUCAAACUCCGUUCCAGUUAUUUCAUCCACGUUUGAUGACAUGGUGGUGGAUGUGCAACUUUCAAAUCCUGAGAGCUGCAAACCAAAAGUGGUUAUAGUGUCAAAUACAGGAAAAUCAUCUUUCAAGGGAAGAGUUUCAGAUUUUUUCUUGUCUACAAGUAAAAAGCUAAGAAAAAGCACUUAUCAUCCACCUGAUUGCUUUGCUGAGAGGGUUGAAACUUGUGUUGUUCACAGUCAACCGGAUUACAAUCAUAAUCUGGAUGCCAAUGAAAAAGCAGUGCAUUGUGAGGACAAAAUUGAUAGUUUUGCCACGCAAAUAUCAACCAGCACGUCAGAGAUAACUCCUUCAGUUGGUGUGAUUAUAUCAUUGGACUGUCCAAGCGAAAACCUGGAUAAACUAGGAGUAAACAAAGGCCUAAAUAUUAACCGUGAUCAACCCAGCCCUACCUCAGUUCUUGAUGCAGCCUUUGAAGAUAGCAGUUGUAAUGAACCUGAAACUUCAGGAAGAACUUCCAAGAAUGCGACAGUAUCAAGAUCUCCAGCAAUUGAGGCUGUUGCCUGUUCCUUAUCAUGGGAUGAUACUGCCUCAGAAUCACAGUUACUUUGCACCCAAAGGCCAUCUCCUCUUCUCUAUGAUGUAGAUGAUGAUGAAUCAGAAUGCCAUGUCCUCGUGCAAAAUAUAUUGUCAUCUGCUGGAGUAGGCAGUGCACAAUCAACUAUGGUUUUCGCCGGUUGGCAUUUACCCGAUUACCCUCUUGACCCAGUGGUGUGCAACAAAGUGUUGGAGCUGCGGGAGCAAAGUUCAUACCGAAUGCUUCUUUUUGACUGUGUGAAUGUUGCUUUAAUUGAAAUUGGCGAGAAUGCUUUGCUAAGCGCAUUCCCAUGGAGUAAAAGAAACUCUAGAACAUGGAGGGGCACCUCAUCUCCUGAUUUGGGGGUAUAUGUCUGGAGUAUUCUGAAGGACUGGAUUUACGGGGCACAGGCGUUUGUGGUGAGCAAGAGAGACAAUGCUGGGAUCAUGUUGGAUAGAAUUGUGAAGCAAGAGGUUGAAGGAAGAGGCUGGGUGAACUUGAUGAUGUCGCAGGUGGUUGACAUUACAGAACAGCUUGAAGGGGGAGUAAUGGAGGAGCUGGUCGAAGAAGCUGUGCUGGAUUUUGCAGCAUGCUUUCUGCAAUGAGGUAUCGUUUGCCACUGGUAAAUGUCCAGGAAACAGCUGGUUUGUGCAUGCUCUUGUUUUCACAGCUGCUCCUUGAAUCGUUAUAUCCUCCUCUCCUUUAUGUAUGUCUUUCUGGAUGGUUCUGCUUGUAGUAUUCUGAAGUUUUGUAACAUUCUGGUAGAUGAAAUCAUUGUAAUUGUGCAGUUCUGAUGAAGUUUUGUAGGAAAAAAAUUAAGCCAAAUUUGUCAAUGUGGCAUAUGCAGUUUGCUAAGUAAAAUCACGGAUUAAAUGGUUCACCAUUAAUCCCCUGCACUUGAA